AUGAUAUAUACGUGGAAUUCACUCUUUAUAGCUGAGUUUCUGACUGCCACUAGCGAGAGAUAUAGCCCAGACGAGAAGUGCAACUACUAUCACGCAGUUCUAGGGCCAUUUGAUCGAAAUAAGCUCAGUGAAAUACUGUUACAAAUUGAGCCAAAGUUGGAUGAGGAAACAAAAGAGAAGCUCGUCAACAAAUUCAACAAAAACAGUAACAAAAAUAAGGGAUCACGCACAGGUAGCAUCCUCGAUGCUAUGAACCUGAUGUAA